GAAAGGUCAAUAUUUGGUGUCCAAAUAAGGAGUGGUUAGCUACUCAGUUGCACGGGAAGGAAAACCCUAAUACGGAGCGUUGUGCUAGCGGCUGAGCUUUAUCUUGGAAUCCAUGGCGGCGGCUGCUGGAUCCGAAACCCCCCGAACCCCAUCAACUCCGAUUCGGAAACCUCAAUCCUCUUCCGAAUCGGAAAUCGAAUCCGACUCAGAAUCCGCCAAUGAAUCGUCUCUGAAGGCGCCCGAGCCAGCUCCGAGUCGCACUCUGGACGACGUGAAGACGAAGAAGAAGAAGAAGAAGAUCAAGAACAAGAGGAAGAGUACAGCCAGUCCUAAAACACAGGAAAAGAAGUCUGCGGGAAAGCGAGUUUUUAGCGACGAAGAUCAGAUUGUUCUUCUCCAAGCUAAGAUUGACUACAAUUCCCAAAAAAAAGCGGACGCUCUCGGGAAUGUCACAAAUUUCUAUGAUUUCGUCAAGGACAAGUUGAAUGUCGAGGUUUCAAGGCUCCAGGUGAGUGAGAAGUUAAGGAGGCUUAAGCGGAGGUUCAAGGAUGCCGCCCCUUCUACUUCUGAUCCUACUGAUCUCAAGACUUUCCAACUUUCCCAGAAAAUUUGGGGUUCUGAAAUUAGCAGUGGCAGUAAUGCAUUGGGAAAGAGCAAAGCGAAGAAGAGAAAAGCACCCAAAGAUGAAGAAAUUGUGGUGAGCAAAAAGAUGAAGCAGAAGAUUGCAGUUGUGGAAAAAGAUGACCAGACUGUUGCUGGUGAGGGGAAGAAUGACCAGACGGUUGGUAAUGGAAACGGUGCACAGAUUGCUACGAAUGGUGUAGUCGAAGCUGGAAUGGAGAAUGACCAGACAAUUGGUAAUGGAAACGGUGAACAGAUUGCUACGAAUGGUGUAGUCGAAGUUGGAAUGGAGAAUGGAGAGAAGGAUUUCGGGUCCAAAUACCCUUAUUUCCUCAAAUCUUUGAGUGCGAAAUACUAUCCGCUGACACCCGAGGAGACACUGGGUACAUGGAAGGAAAAGGCUACUUUGCUGGAUUGUUCUGUGGCGGGAGAGGUUGAGAAGAAAUGGGCCAAUGUGUGGGAGGAAUAUGAGAAACUUGGCGGGAUGGUUGCAGAUUUGGUGUCGCUGCAGGCUAGGCUGGUGCGCGGCGAAGAGGUAACUUUGUAGAUGAAGAUUUGGAAGUGUUUUGAAUUACUUUUUGUGGAGCAUGAUCUUAGCUAGGGAUGAAAAGUUGGCUCAAUGAUGUUUUUGUGCUUAUGAACUAGCUUAAUGUUUUUUUGUCUUAUUGUAACUUAAUGAACCCAAAAAAAAGUUGUCAAUUUUCACCCAUGGAGCAACUGCAAUCUGGUCAAUGUACACCAUGUCACCAUUGCAUGUAAUUGUUCAUCUGCUAUCAAUGUCUACUGGGGUGCUGUAAUCCUAUA